AUGGAAGAAGCAAUGAGAAUGCUAAAUGGUCUGACCCACACACCAGAAUCUGACCCACUCCACCCCACCACCACCACCCUAAAAAGGCCGACCGCCACCACCGUCGCCACCAACAAAAGGUCACUGAAAGACGGAGUCGCUGCCACCGCCGCCAACCCAAUGAGGUACCGCGGGCUGCACUGUCCCUGGGGUCGUUAUGCCACCAAGAUUCAAGACCCUCAGUCCAAAGAGCAGUGGUGGCUCGAUACCUUUGACAUGGUGGAGGAGGCAGCGAGAGAUGCAUGGAGUCAAGUCACUGACAAUCUCAUCCCUCCAUUUCACUACAAGAAAUCAUCUCAGUCCUCCAUGAGAGACAUACCCAAGCGAAGCUUUGCUCCUCCUCCUCCUUCUUAUGUCGGUGACUUCUCUGGUGCUUUUCUCAACACGUUUCUCUUGCCUCAAACUAUGUCUAUUUACGAUCAAAUUCCAUAUAUUGAUCACUCUGGUGCUCAAUCACAUACUUGGUCUCUCUCUGUUUUGUUCUUCUAA